AUGUCAGCGCCCCUGCCAGCAACUGUCCGCAUGAAAGACCAAGAUGCCGACUUUGUGUACUUCUGCGAGGAUUCAUGUCACACGAGUUACUCUGGGUGUAUUGAUGGUGACUCGUCGAUGACAGAGCAGGAAAUCAGCGAGUUCAUUCGGCAUUCAAACCCAAGUCUUUACGAGACGUUGAACAGUGUAGGGAUCGCCAGCUCAUACUUACCCUGCGACGAGGACCAAGAGCCCAUUGAUCCAUCUGGUGACAAGAGCCAUAUGAGCACAGAAGUGAUCAGGGAAACAUCCGGGUCUCUGUUCUAUGAAACAGGCACCAUUUUCGAUCAUGCAACUAGAUCAUCAGAUGCUGAUUGCCCAAGUGAGACUGACCUAACAUCCGAUUUCAAUCCUGGGUCGCGCCAUGCAGCGGAGCCAGUAGUCCUCGGUAGAUACCACUUUACGUUCUAUCAGCACUGUGAGCCAGGCAUCGUGUAUUGCUGUUCCUCUCCAACAUGUCCGAACUCUGCCAACGUGAUCCCAGAAGGUGAAUACUUCGCCAUGAUACGCGACGAAGCCUUGAGUGAAGGAAAUGGUCAACUUACCGACUACGAACGAACGUCGUAUUAUUGUCUCGACUGUCUCGACGAAGUUGUGGAUCGCGAACAGCGACCGGAGACAAUGCAAAAGAUGGUCUCUCAGCUUGUUGAUGGAGCACAGCCUGACAGGAAUUCGAUACUUCUCAGGGCCUUGCAGAUAUACCCCACCCUGGAGAAGAAGGAUAGCUUUUUCUUGCGCCUUUGCUUUGAAGGAGAGUCGGACUUAGAGCCAGGAAAUGCUUCGAACUCGAAGAAAGUGAUUCGCCUCCGCCGCCAAAAGCAACUUGAGAUACAACGUAUUGAAAACGACCUGGAACAGCAACGUUUCAAAGCCGUCUAUCGAAUCAAAAAGGCUAACCCAUCCGGCCUCAGAAUAUUGGUUUCUCCAGAUACGCAGCCAUACAGGGACCGAUACAAGAAGCAGGGACUCCAAUGGGUUGACCGGCUUAGGCAACUCAAAGAAGCCCGGCGGAUUGCAGGAAGACCGGCUGCAAGACACACUUCAGCUUCAGAUCAUGACUCGGGGGAUAUGUUGGUCUGUCACUGCAGGGAGCCAGCUGACGAGGGGCCCAUGCUGCGCUGCAGGUCAGCAUCCUGCAUGUUUGGGUCCAUCCACUUCCGAUGUUCAGGUCUCGACCGGUUGCCGUCAGAGACAGAGUAUUAUUGGUGCGACUACUGCAAGAGUGACUUUACUGGUGACACAGAGAAGGUCUGUGGGACUAGAAUGCCAGAGAAAUGUAUUUCUAAGACCGAGAAUGACUUGGAUGUGGAAACGGGGGAUGGAGAUUUGCGAGGCUCGAUUUAUGGCGGCGGAGAAGUGGACAACGACGACAAAGGUGACAUUGUUUCGCCUUCGCCUGGGUUUGUUGCAGUCAAUCAUGUUGUCUCCAAGGGCAAAUGA